GAAACAGAUGUUUUGCAGUAAAAGAGACAACAUUAACAAAAAUCUGUCUUAUUUGACAAAUUCCUCCACUAAGAUCAAAAAUAACAACGCAUUGAAAGCAGACAAAACGAGGAAACAGCCAAAUGAAACGAAUAUAAUACCGUUAUACAAAUAAUAUCCUGUAUUUAUAAAGUGCCAACUCCAGAGAAAGGAAGUGUUGUUAAAGUGGUGGUGGACGAAAAAAUCAAAUUGCACACAAGAAAUUUUUAGCAAUAAAUGUGAAGAAACAAGUGUAACAACAACCACAAUCAAUCAUAAAAGUAAAUUUUGUUAUUUGGAAAAAUAUCAACAAGUAAGCUAAAGUAAUACAAUUCAAUUAAAAAAAGUUAAAAAUAGAAAUUGAUGCAAUAGAUAGAAGAAACCAAAAAAUAAGAAUAAAAAACGCACAUGCAAAAUUUAACAAAAGUGUCCCCAGCCAAGAAAACAGCCUCCGCCCUAAAUAGAAAAAUCGUGUAUAUAUAGAAAUUGAGUGUUUGUGUUUGUUGUGCAAAAAAGGAGGGAAUGUAGUAGCAUUAUUGUUGUUUUUGGGGAAACAGUAUUUAACCAAAAAUACAUUAAGAAAAUAACCGAAAAACAAACAACCAAGAAGACGUGAAUAAAAGCAAACGCGAAUUUGCAAAUAAAAACAAACAACAAAACAAAAUAAUACCUACCUAUAACAACAACAACAGCAACAAAAUAAAACCUAAUUAACUAACGUCCUUGUCUAGUGUUAAAAAAUUCAUUCAUUUUUGCAACUAUUGUCGUACACAUCUGCUCUCCACAUAAAUACGCACACAUAUACGUACAUAAAGUACCUAUUAUUCUUUUUUGCUUUUUUGCACAUUGACGUACAAAAUGGAUAACAUCGAAAUGCUUAAAGCUUUAUAUGAUUUUCAAGCCGUCUAUCCAAAAACCAUCAGUUUCGAUGAGGGUGAAUAUUUUAUUUUAUAUCAGACCUCAGCACGUCAACGUAACUGGUGGCAAGUGGUCAGCAUGAAGGGUAAUAUUGGUUUUGUACCCUCCAAUUACGUAAUGAAAAUAAAGGUUGAACCAGAUUUUUUAAUAAGUUUUCUAAAUUCUUCAAUUGAAUCGUUGGAAAAAUGUAAAGAUAAUGAAAUAAAUGGCAUAAUGCCCAAAGACGAGUUGUUGGAGAGAUUAAGAGAGAAGAAAAUAUCAAUGGAAAGAAUGUAUUUGGAUAAUUCGGAACGAGAUGCUGAUUCAUCACUGUCAUUUUCACAAAGUCUAGGUGAUAAAUAUAGUAGUAAACACAGUGCCCCUCACUCACAGGAACAUCGACCUCAUAGUCCACCCCAUACAAAACGAUUAGAUAGUAGUAAGAAAUCCAUAUCUAGUCCCUCCAUGGGCACCACUUUGCCAUUAAUGAUAUCCGAAUCGCCCAGUAUGGGUUCAAUGCAAGUGCAGUCGCCACAGACCAGUCAACCACCACCGCAAGCCCAAGCGGUGGUGCCAGCCCAAAACAAAGUCAAUGACAUUGCCCAGGAUAAUAGCAUCACAUCGGAGCCUUCAGAAACUACCACCACAACUACAACGACCAGUGAAGAUGUGGUGACCACCUACAAAGAACCCAGCCUAAAGGAUUGUUCUUCAGCCUCAUACAGUCAAUCCAAACAAAACGGCAGUUUAAAAGACACCGUCAAUAAUAAUUCCUCACCUCCGGAGAGGCAAAACAAAGAGAAGAGCACCAAAGGAGACGCUCAACAUACAAAGCAAUUAAAUGGAGAUGACUCCAAGGAAGAUAAAGUUAACGAUAAGUCUGAAGCUAGUGAUAAUGUCAGCGGUGAGGGAGCAGAGACUGCAAAUGAGGAGGGCAAAGGUGAGGCUGGCAAUAGUGUGGAAAAUAGCCAGGCAUUGGAUAGUGAAGAUAGUACAGCCGCUUUGCAGCAGCAAUUACAUGCAGCUGCUGCAGCAGCCGCUCUAGUGCACGGCAGCUAUUCGAAGCCAAAUUUGAAAGUGGAAUCAUCCGAUGUGUAUCAAAUUGUGGAUGUUAUACGGCGUAAUACCAACUUGAGUUUUGAUCUAUCGUGUGAAGCUUUACGUGUGGUACUCACAAGUCUGGAACAGCUGUAUAAUGGUGCUAUUAACCCAUAUUUAGAGGCAGUAGCCAUACAUGUUACCGACAAGGUGGAAACACCCAAGGGUCUGUUAGGCAUGACUCAUGAUUCCAAGCGGCUGCAAUAUAUUUUCUCACAACUGGCCGACUGUAAAAAUGAUGCAGAGCAACGCACCUGGAUGUUGUAUGAAGAUGAGGAUGAUAUUGUACAGUUUUUAGAGGAACUUGUAGAAAUAUUGAAUAAUGCCGAUGAAACUAUUAGUUGUUAUGAAAUGUCUUGUGAUCAAUAUCAGGCCUUGGUCAAUUUAGUUCAAUACUAUCAAAUGGAAACUAGAUGGCCCAUCAAACGUUUACUGCUGAAAACAUUUACGGCCGCUUGCCAUUUGGAUCACAUUAUCGUGGAUAUUUUGUUGACCUCCGUAUUGCCUUUGGAAAUUGUUGAGGAUAUGAAAACGAACUUUUCGAAUUUAGAUCGUUUUAAGCAAUUAGUCAAAAUGUUAACAAUUAUAUUUUGUUUGGGCCAGCCAAUGCCGGUUAAUCAUCAAGAUUACCUGGGCGUACAUUUUGCCUCAUUUCUCUUAGAAAUAGUUGAAGGCAAUAAUCCUGAAAUAUUAGUGGAUAUGGUAAUAGCAUUAAUUCUAGCAUUUAAUUUACAAUUUACGGAUUUCUCACAAAAUGUGGUGGUAGAAGCUAUGCAAAAUUUACCCUCGGCCAAAGUAUUUACAGAAAAGAUUUUAUUACUACUAAAUCGGGAAGAGGAUCCUAUUAAAGUUCUUAAGCACUCAACGGAUACCAUGAAUUCGGUAUUGAAAAUGUUUAUCGAUAUCUUUAGCAUACCCGAAACUGCAGGAAUGUUUUAUACAAAUGAUAACAAAGUAUUAAUCGAUAUAAUAGUAAGACAAUUAACUGAUUUGUGUGCUGGUAAUCCGCUGAGACGCUGUUAUUUGGAAUUAUGUCGUCGCAUAUUACGCAACACCAACUAUCAGGAACAUCAGCAUCGUAAACAAGAUUUUAUGAAAAUCUUUACGCGUAUAUUUUGUGAGGAAACUGAAUGUAGUGCCUCUGAUCAACAAUUAGUAAGAGAUAUUGCCAAUGAAUUUCCCCAAAUAUUUAAGGCUUAAAGGGAAAUUCUUUAACAUUAGAAAACAACUCUAUAGUUUAUAGAUGUUAAGAAACUUUCGUAGGUUUUUGUAUUUAAAUAAGUUUUCUUUAGAUUAGAUAAGUUUUGAAUUGAAGUUUCUUACCUAUUUAAUGUUAUGUGAUAGCAUUUAUUUACUUGCCAUUUUCUUUAAAACAUUUGAAAUUAUUUUCCUUUUCUAGUCUUU